GCUACUUCUCGUCAAGAUACCAUACGUAAUUCCCUUGAUGAGCCUACUGCACCAUUAUUGGAACAACAACAGGACAUUGAACAUGCAAAAAUGCAAACUUUUGAGCUUAUACUUUGGCGUGUAUUGCGUGGAAACUUAUACCUAAAAUAUGUUGAAAUUGAUGAACCAAUUACUGAUCCAGAAACCGACGAAGUGCUAGAAAAAAAUGUAUUUAUUAUAUUUGCUCACGGAAAAGAACUCUUAAAUAAGAUCAUGAAAAUAUCGGAAUCAUUAGGUGCAACCCUUUAUCCAGUAAAUGACAACCCUGAACUGAGGGAUAACAAAUUAACGAAAAUAACGCUACAAAUUGCGGAUCUUAAUACUGUCUUGCAAAAUACUAAAAAUACUCGAAGAACAGAAUUGCAAAAAAUUUUCGAGAAUUUGAAUAUUUGGAUGACAAUCGUUAAGAAAGAGAAAGCAAUUUAUCAUACGAUGAACUUAUUUAAUUACGAUGCGAGUCGCAAAUGUUUAAUUGCAGAAGGAUGGUGUCCAAGUAAUGACUUUGAUAAAAUUAAUCUAGCUCUGAAAACUGCUACUGAACAAUCCGGUUCAACUGUGCCAUCAAUUUUAAACGAGCUUCGCACAACGAAAGAACCACCCACUUUUAUUCGUGUCAACAAAUUCACUGUUGGCUUUCAAGAUAUAGUUGACGCAUACGGUGUGGCAAAAUAUAGAGAGGUUAAUCCUGGAUUAUUCACUAUUAUUACGUUCCCUUUCCUUUUUGCUGUCAUGUUUGGUGAUUUUGGUCAUGGAAUGUUGGUCACAGCAGCUGCGUUAUAUCUUGUUAUCCGUGAGAAAAAGUUAGAUGGAAACAUAACUGAUGAG